ACUGUCUCUGUCAGUUGGACAUAACCUUAAAAAAAUUUCAUCGUCAAGCUGUGUUUAUACGAUGUUAUUUUGCUAAUAAAGUUAUAAUUUGAAAAUGCAUUUAUCGAAAUUGAAUAGAAACAUUCCUAAAUUUCAAUUGUGGACUAGAAGAUAUUCUCAUGCAGUGCUACACGACGAAAAUGAGUAUACGGAUACCCCCGUGUAUCCUCCGAUUUUGGAUAUGUCGCUCCAAGGAAGAAAAUUGCGGGAGAGACAAUCCGUUCACGAGAAGAUAAGAAAUUUGAAAACCGUCGAAGAGAAGCAAAUCGCAUUAAACAUGCCGCGGUAUUAUGGAUGGAAAUGCGUCAUGUUCAAUAAAAAUAGAAUACCAUAUAAUGCUUUGCCAAUGGUUCAGUGUUACACUAGAACACAUUUUAAAACUGUAAAUUCCUUACCGGAUGCAUAUUCUGAGACAAAUCCACUUGCAGAACAAGUCGUUAAGGAAACAAAAUCAAUUAUUGAAGACAUAAUUGCUGUUGAAUCUGAAAAUGUUAGGCACAUUCACAACAAUCCACAAGAAAAGUCUGAAGAACAAUUAAAGGAAGAGAACAUCACAAAGAAUAUAGUGAGGCAAAUCAACAGAGUUAUCUGUAAUAAACUUGCAGACCAGUUACCUCAUGUUUUAUCUGCACAAAUUGAUUAUGAACCCAGACAUGAAGCAUUCUGGUUUGUUGGUGGUACUGAUGUACCACAUAAUGUAAUCCAAUGGAGAAAACAAUAUAAGUGGUUGCAUGAUCGGCUUGAAGAACCCAUUGAUAGACCAGUGCAGUAUAUUGGUUCUCCACAUCUAGCUGUAAGAAGUCAGUUGCCCCUGAAGCCUAUUGUGCCAUAUGAAGAGGCUACAAACCCAGAUUUUAAAGUCCCUAAAUUCACCUAUGUACCUGAAUCUGUUGGCUAUUACACAGAGUUCAGGCAUGGAACUAAUAUCCCAGGGUUUUGGCCAGGUGACUAUGAUGAAUUUGGCUUAUUGUCUUAUCAUGGCAGAGAUCAUAUGUUAAGUAGAAACGAAUCAUAUGGGCAUGAAGAUAACAUCAAUGCAUUACAUUCACAAGCCUUGAAAUCUAGUUUUGGCUGGCUUCUUGCUCAAGCUAAUUAUCAAGGCUUCACUACAUACAAUGAUAUAACAUAUCCACUUGUGACUCAAACUGUUAUAACUAAUGCCAAAUUGUGGUCAUUUUAUGUAUAUCAAAUGAAUACUAUAACUAUGCAUAAUGAGCAAAUGGAUGAGAAUCCAAAACACAAUAUAUGCUUUGGUACAACACCUCUACAGUUGUACGAUACUAUAGAAAAUGGUCAAGUGAAAGGUUUGAAUGAAGAUGUCUUGAAAAUGUUAGUUCAGUUUUACCUGAAUGCACCAGAAGAACGGGAACACGACAUGAAACCUUACUUGGGUAAAGACGAGCAACUCAUAGCUGAUAUUGAAGAUGAUAAUAAGCGCUGCUGGCUGGAAUCUACAUACAAACAUCUUGUUUCAAAUAGACCAAAACAUAACUUAAUUCCAGAAAUAUAUCUAUGGGAAAGGAUUUACAAAAUUCAACAUAAAACAAGAUUCUUCGAAGCAAAGAGGCGAUUCUUCGAAUGCGGUAUUAACCCAUACAAAAGGCGAUUGAAUGAACAUUUGCCACCCUAUAUACCCAAAGCUCUCAGGGAAUAUCCUAGAUCUAAAAAGAAGUUUGAACGUACUUAUUAUCCUGAUGUUUAAAUACAAAGUUUGUAUGAAAAAAUAAAUCUAAA